AUGGUUGUCCAAUUGACAUUUGACAAGUCAAAGAAACACCCCCAAGCUGUGCAACUUGCCAAUAAUAUAAAGCUGGCUCUAGCACAAGGACUUGCUAGCAAGGAUUACAAACUCACUAUCUCAGAAGAAGGUAAUGGCUUGCAGCUACUAGACACUGUCACAGGUUAUCGCCUAUUCAACUCUAACGCCAUCUUGAGAUAUCUUCUUAAUGACUUCGAAGGUAUCGAAAAAGAGGAAUCACACUUUGCCCUUUCCACGUUAGAGGCACUUUUAUACCAUUCCGAUGUCCAGAAGCAGCAUGUUGAAGAAGCCGUUUCUAAGUCUCUCGAGAAUUACCUAUUGCGUCUCGAUGAACCUUUAAGUGCUCUAAGAUUAAUAACAUUUGUAAACACAUAUGUGUUGGACUCAGAAGCUGUGGAGAAAAGAUUUCCUCAAAUCCCAGAAGUGAUCUCUAAAGCCAUAUCUGUAGCCAAGUCUCAAAUUACUCGCUCUUUCUCCUCUCUCAAGCACACUGGGGAAGCCAAAGUCAACCUAGACUUUAUUGUGAAACCUCAGACCGAUGAAAUUGUUCCUAUUGAAGGACAGCGUAACAUUUUGAUCACUUCCGCCUUGCCUUACGUUAACAAUGUUCCACAUUUGGGAAACAUCGUUGGGAGUGUGUUAUCUGCGGACAUUUACGCCCGUUACUGUAAAGCUAGAAAUUAUAAUACUCUUUUCAUCUGUGGUACCGAUGAAUAUGGUACUGCGACUGAGACUAAAGCUCUAGAGGAAGGAUGUUCUCCACGUGAAUUGUGUGACAAAUACCACAAGAUCCACAGUGAUGUCUAUAAAUGGUUUCAAAUUGGAUUUGAUUACUUUGGAAGAACGACAACUGAGAAGCAAACAGUCAUCGCUCAAGAUAUCUUCAAUAAACUAAACGACAACGGGUAUUUGGAAGAACAUUCCAUGAAGCAGCUUUACUGUCCUGAACACAAUGCCUACUUGGCUGAUAGAUAUGUGGAGGGUGAAUGUCCAAAAUGUCAUUACGAAGAUGCUCGUGGUGAUCAAUGUGAUAAAUGCGGGGGCUUAUUAGAUCCUUUUGAGUUAAUUAACCCACGCUGUAAGCUGGACAAUGCUACGCCAGUUCCUCGCAAUUCCGACCACAUUUUCCUAUCUCUGGAUAAAUUAGAACCUGAAAUUGUUGCAUGGGUGAAUGAAGCUUCAAAAAAGGGAGCAUGGUCCAAGAAUUCGAAGACCAUUACCCAGUCUUGGUUGAAGGAGGGCCUACAACCUCGUUGUAUUACAAGAGAUUUGGUUUGGGGAACUCCAGUUCCUUUGGAAAAAUACAAGGAUAAGGUCCUUUAUGUGUGGUUUGAUGCGACAAUUGGUUACGUUUCGAUUACCGCAAACUACACCGACCAUUGGGAAGAAUGGUGGCGUAAACCCAAAGAUGUACAAUUGUAUCAAUUCAUGGGUAAGGACAAUGUUCCUUUCCAUACAGUUAUUUUCCCUGGCUCGCAAAUUGGUACAGGCGAUGAAUGGACCAUGUUACAUCAUUUAAGCACGACUGAAUACUUGCAAUACGAAGGAGGCAAGUUCUCCAAGAGUAGAGGCAUUGGUGUUUUCGGAAACAAUGCUGAAGAGACAGGUAUUUCAUCUAGUGUAUGGAGAUACUAUCUCGCCUCAGUUCGUCCAGAAUCAAGUGACUCUCAAUUCUCUUGGACUGAUUUUGCUGCAAGAAACAAUAGUGAACUAUUGGCAAAUCUCGGUAAUUUUGUAAACAGACUGGUGAAAUUUGUUAAUGCUAAAUAUAAUGGUGUCAUUCCAAACUAUGAAGUGAAGAAUCUACCAGGUUACGAAAAUUUGGAGCAUGAUUUGAACCAAAUAUUGUCUGCUUACGUCUCAGAAAUGGAGCAAGUUCAUGAAAGGCGUGGUCUAGAAAUUGCAAUGUCUCUAAGCGCUCGUGGUAACCAGUUUUUGCAGGAAAACAAGCUUGACAACGCUUUGUUCACUCAAAAUCCACAAAAAUCAGACGCUGUUGUUGGUGUUGGUUUGAACAUCAUAUACGCAGUUGCAUCUAUUGUUUAUCCCUUUAUUCCUGAAACCUCUGAGCUAAUCUAUAAGAUGUUGAAUGCUCCACAAUUACGGAUUGACGAUAAAUUCCAUCUAGCUCUUCUAGGCGGUCACAAUAUCAACAAGGCCGUGUAUCUAUUCAAGCGUAUUGAAGAAACCCAAAUUGAGCAAUGGAGGAAUAAAUAUGGUGGUCAACAAGCCUAA